GCUGAGAUAGGGUUUAGAGAAGAAUCAUGGAGGUGCCAGGGACCCUGGAGAGCCGCACCCAGCUCGCAGUGCGUCAGAAGGCAGGCAAGGGUGACUUGGAUCCCUGCCAAGGAAUGUCCUAGGCCACAAGAGUGCAGCAGCCCUGAUGUCCCGUACGCUGCCGCUUCUUCCUGCGCCGUCCCUUCGCCCUUCCGCAGCAGUCGUACCGGCAGCCUGGGUCCCUUUAAGAGCUCUGCGCACCGGGCCUCCCUUCCGCCAUGGCCGCUCAGCUGCUGGAGGAGGACCUGACUUGCUCCAUCUGCCUGGGUCGCUACCGGGACCCGGUGUCGCUGCCCUGCGGCCACAGCUUCUGCGCUAACUGCAUCCAGGACUCCUGGCGCUGCUGCGAGGAGAAGACGUGCCCCCAGUGUCGCCAGCCCUUUCCAGAGGGACCCAAGCUGGGCCGGAACUUGGCGCUGAGCGCCUUGCUGCAGGCCCUGCCUACCGCCAUCCCCCGCCAGGAGCCCGGCGCCCGCCGCAGUGCUCACUGCCCACACCACGGGAGGCCACUCGAGUUCUUCUGCCACACCGAGGGCCUCUGCGUGUGCAGCGCAUGCACGGUGCACGAGUGUCGCCACCACGAGCGGGCGCUGCUGGAUGUGGAGCGCCGUGCGCGGGAGGACCAGCUGAGAGCUAGAGUGGCGGUUACCCAGCAACAGGUCACCCAGGCAGAGAGCCAGCUUCAGGAGCUGCAGCAGCAAAGCAGUUGGAUUGAGAAUUCAGCCUGCACCCUGGCCUCAGUGGUCUCCAAGAGAUUCUGCAGCCUGCUACAGGUGCUGGAGGAGCAGCAGACCAAGAUACUGAGAGACAUAGAGGUGGCCAAGAAGCAGGCGCUGGGCCAGGUUUUGAAUGAGGAACAGCGGCUGGCUGGCCACCUGAAGGCCCUAGCUCAGUAUGGCCACAGUGUCCAGGAUCUCCUGGAACAGGUGGAUGACUACAGCUUCUUCCAGGGAUUACAGCAGCUCUCUGAGCCCCUGGAGUCCCUCGGGCCACUGACCCCUCCACAGUGGAAUGAAGAACAGCAGCUGAACAGCGUGAAUGAGCUGCUAAGCCCACUGUGUGAGCUCCUCCUUGAAGAGAAGAACCACGCCAAGGUGGCAACCAAAACUGCCGACACUGUUCCUGUGGAGGCCUCGGGUUCCCUGCCACCAGUCCCCAGCACAGUGUGUCCACUGAGGAGGAAACUCUGGCAGAAUUAUCGCAACCUGACCUUUGACCCAGACACUGCCAACCAGUACUUACGGUUGUCCCACAAGGACCGGCAGGUGACACACCAUUUGCAGGUCCAGGGCCCAGCCAGGCCAGGCAGCUUCGAGCUGUGGCAGGUGCAGUGUACCCAGAGUUUUCAGACUGGGCGACAUUACUGGGAGGUAUAUGCCUCUGACCACUCCGUCACUCUGGGCAUCACUUACCCAAAACUACCACGCCGAAAGCUGGGGACCCACACGGACAACAUCGGUCGUGGCCCCUGCUCAUGGGGCCUCUCCAUCCAGGAGGACAAUAUCCAGGCCUGGCACAAUGGCAAGGUCCAACGUCUGCGUGGGGUGCCCGGGCGGCUCCUGGGUGUGGAUUUGAACUUGACCGUGGGCUGCCUCACCUUCUACAGCCUGGAGCCACACACGGAGCCACUGCACACCUUCCAUGCAGUGUUCAGCCAGCCUCUCUUCCCCGUCUUCUGGCUCCUUGAAGGGAGGACCCUUACUCUUCGCCAUCAGCCUGAAGCCAAGCUCCCCCCAGGGCCCCGGGAAGAGACCACCACGCUCAGCUGAAGGAAGCACAGACAGGUGCCAAUGUGCUUGUGUGCUCAAGAGUGGCUCAGCCUCUGGCUUGGAGGUCAAAGGUCACUAUUCUAAAAAGAAUAGGGGCUGGCUUCUCUGUUGAAUCAGAGGAGGGAGAUGGGAGCAGAGGCCCUGAAUCCAGGCUUAUUUAUUACUUUCUUUGAAGGGAUGGGGGGGGGGCAGAAAGAAAUCAAAUAGGAAACCCCAACCCAAAGCAAGAACCACAUUCUUGGCAUCGCCUGGACGUUGUUCUAUUGCUGUGAAGAGACACCGUGACUAAGGCAACUCUUAUAAAAAGAGAGCAUUUAACUGGGGGCUUGCUUACAGUUUUAGAAGCUAAGUCCAUGGUUAUCAUGGCCGGAAGCAGAUGGGCAUGGAGCAGUAGCCGAGACCUUCACAUCUUGAUCCACAGACACCAGGUGACACAUGUCCUCCACCAAGGCCUGUGGGGACUGAGCACGGGCUGCAGAGAGCCGAUGUGUGAUGGGUAUAGGUGCUGUUUGCCUUUGCUACUCCCCAGUGUGCUUCUGUGAGGGCCCGGGUCUGUUUUCUCAUACUUCUUGAAGUAGAAUUCUUUUUUGCACUGGGUAUAGAACCUGGAGUGUUUUCUGUGCUAGACAAAAAGGCUCUGCCCUCUCUCGCUGACCAUGCCUACAGCCUGGUGUGAUUUAUUUACCUGAGAUGCCACGUUCUGGUCUUGGUGGUAGCUGCAAGGAUAUCCACUUUGGUAACUUCUUUCUCUUUUCUUUUGUAACUCCUUACACUUUUGUUUUGUAUGCUCAUGAGCAAAUGUCUCACAAUAAAAAUUUUUAGAAAUUC